AUGGUCGCACCGCCCCCACCACUCACUGCCGCCUUCUGGACAUCCUUCUGGAAGAACAAGAUCCCGCACAAUGCGCGCAAUGUCUGGUGGCGGCUCCUGUUCAACAAACUCUCCUCUGGCCUCCACCUUCACUCCGUUUUUUCCGAUAUGGUUGAGCCCCUCUGCCGUGUCUGUGGAACGGAUCUAGAGACAAUUCAGCACCUCCUUUUCAGCUGCCCCAAGAAGUUGAAAGUAUGGCAAGCCGCACUGUUGAGAUAUGUGGAGGAACGAACCUGGACUGCGGACUACAUCUGCAGCCUCUUUUGUCCUGACCCGGACCCAGUCAAACCACUUCAUGACAUCCCCAUCUUCAUCUUGAUCGGUGCCAUCCUGGCUUCCGUCUGGAGGUACUAUCACGCCUUUGUCCGUGAGGAUCAAGCCUUUGAACCUCGCACGCUACUUGCCGCGGUGGAUUUGGCCAUUACCCAAAUGUAA